AUGCACAAGCUCGCUAUCUUACAGGCAUCUAUCGAAUACGUACGGUAUCUCGAAGAUUGUAUCUCGAAGCUCCAGGCUGAACGGGAAGAGCGCGAAGACCAUGAAAGCCCGGCAUCUCUACCAGAAGACAGACACACUCCCGAUUUUCGAAAUCUUCAGCACCACCAGCAUCACCAACCACUGGAAGAAGCGCACAGUGCAAUGCAGAUCGCCGAGCCCGAGCCCGAGCCUGAGCCCGAACCCGUCGACGUUGAGAUGACGGGAUCCACUGUUCCCUCACCGACAUAUAGCCAUGCCCCUAGUUCUCACCGCGCCUCGAUAUCGCCGGCCAUCCAGGCCCGGGACCCACUUGAUAGACGGGAGUCUUAUUCUUCGUCCAUUUCCGCAGACCGCCGCUUCAGCUACACAACUUCAGCGACGACAUCGCCGGCUUUUGGCCCUCAGACUGCAUUCGGAUAUGGUGCGCCGGGAACUCUGCCUUCCUUGAGCUCUGCACUCACUAGCCCGGCGCUUGGCCCACAAGGAGACGCCGACCACGAGGCUACGGCUGCUCUGAUGAUGCUAAACGCCGAUCGUCGGGGUUAUUUUGCACAGAGACAGCUUGCGGCAAGCCAAGGAGAAAGUACACCAAAGGGCCAGGCUGGUGCUGGCCGCGGAAUGUCAGUUCGUGAUCUUCUUAGCACAUGA